AUGACGAGGAUUUGCGAUCUUCCACCAGAACUAGUAGGGUUGAUAUUCACCAAGAUUCCCAUAACAUCUAUAAGAACCGUGCGAUCCACUUGCACGAUGUGGAAAGCUUUAACCAAAUAUUGGGGUUUGGGUAUAGGAGCGGCUAGGGAGCAGUUUUUGGGGCUCAUGGCGAUGGAUUCGAAGGUUUGUUCACUGAGAUUCCAUCUCCGCCGCAAAAACAACAGCAAGGAAGACGGAGAUUUUCUUGAACUAUCUAUAAAGCAGGUAGAUUUACUUAAAGGAGUCGACAUAGCUAAAAUAUUUUACUGCGAUGGCUUAUCUUUAUGCGUAGCCAAAGACAACUCAAGGCUCAUGGUGUGGAACCCCUAUUUGGGUCAAACAAGGUGGAUCGAACCUAGAACAAAAUUCCACACACUGGACACGUAUGCUCUAGGAUACGAUAUCAACCGUAACCACAAAAUCUUGAAGUUCAUGGAUAGUCGCCCUUUUGAAGACAAGGACUUUUUCGGGUACGAACUUUACGACUUCAUCUCUCAUUCAUGGAGGGUUCUCGACGUCACUUCUAACUGGCAUAUACAAGAUUACCAACGCGGCGUGUCUUUGAAGGGAAAUUCUUACUUUUACGCUCAAGAGAAAUUAGGACAUUACGUUGCGCCUCCCCGUGGAUAUAAAAUAGCACGUCAAGUUAUCACUGAUCUCACUAUGUCCAGACAGUUAUCACUGAUCUCACUAUGUCCAACGCUUCGUUGCUCGACGAAAAGAAAAAGUUAUGCUAUAGGAAAGAACAAACAACAUAAAUUGUACUUUGUAAACAAUAUGUCGAAAAAGAUCGUUUUCUUUCCAAACUUGAUUACAAACUAUACAAAGUCGUAG